CUUUCCACCGUCAUUCUCACCUCCCUAAUCUCCCCGUUGGCACCCCCGUUCCCCAGCACUCUCCAAGUAACGUCCACUACCCCCACCACUAGAAAUUUCACCACUGCGCACUAUCAAUCAAUGGCCAUCUCAUCUUCCACCACAAUGAUUCCUGACGACUCCCUUUAUCUAUACAACCUUACUCUUCGGCAUGCCACGCCAGGACUCCACACCUGCCUCGGGCAAUUCACAGGAGCCACCAAAAAGGCCCAAGAACUAGUCAUUGCCCACAAUACUACCCUCCAAAUCUACAGUCCGGACCUCAACACAGGCAAGCUAGCCACGGUGGGAAAGGCACACGAGUGUGUGUUUGCCACGAUAGCGAGAAUCGAUAAGAUCAGGGCCGUGGGACAGUCGCGUGAUCUUUUGGUGAUCACUGGCGACUCUGGCAAGCUCUCUAUCCUCGAGUUCAACCGUCAGACCCUCCAGUUCCAGCCAGUACUACAACAAACAUACGGCAAAAGCGGCCAGAACAGGCUCUCUCAAGGCUCCUACCUUGCCAUUGACCCCCAAGGCCGUGCAAUCUGCCUCUCUGCCUUGGAGAAGAACAAACUCAUCUACAAAAUUCAGGCGUCGCCACGAGGACUCUUGGAGGUGUCUGCACCACUCGAGGCCUCCUCCAAAAACGUGCUUACGCUUUCUAUCACUGCUCUAGACACAGAGUUUGACAAUCCCGUGUUUGCGGCCAUCGAAUGUGACCAUUCCGAGUAUUCAGCCAAAAAGGCGUAUGACCCCCAAAGCUCGCCUUUGCACCUCAAUUACUACGAGCUCGACCAGGGACUCAAUCACGUCGUCAAGAAGAAAGCCAGUAUGUCCCUUCCCGCGUCAGCAACCCAUCUUGUGCCCUUGCCUGGCCAUAUUCGUGGGGUUUUGGUGUGCUGCGAUAGCUACUUGAUCUACGCCAACCCCACCAAAGCCACCAGGGCAUACAUACCGUUGCCCACCAGACAGGGAGCUACUUCGACGGUGAUAACGCUGCACGUAACUCACCGGUUGAAAAAGAACGAUUUUUUUGUGUUGUUGCAGAGCACUUUGGGUGACUUAUUCAAGGUAACAGUCGAUUACGACGACGACCGAGAGGUGAUAGAUGAUAUCAAGGUCAGCUACUUCGACACCAUCCCCGCAUGCACGUCUUUGAACGUGUUCAAGAGUGGGUUUUUGUUUGCCAACGUCAUCAACAACGACAAGCAGUUCUACCAAUUCGAGAAAUUGGGGGACGACGUCGACGAGUCGUCGAUAUUUCACCAGGUCCACGCAAUGGACGAAAUUCCUGACCCCACGAGCCACCAGUUUCAAAGGAAACCGCUCGAAAAUUUAGCAUUAAUCGACUCGUUAGAUAACUUGUGCCCCAUCAUACAGGCCGAAAUGAUUCAGACCACCCAUUCCUCAACCACUCCAAUCAACCAGCUCGUGACUUUGUCGUCCAGCUGCUAUUUGAAGACCUUGACCCACGGAAUUCCCACUAAUUUGUUGGUUUCCUCGCCUUUACCCAUGACUCCCAAUCAGAUAUACACCACCAAACUAACGCGAGAUGCCGCCAACGACGCGUACUUAGUGCUCUCGUCACUGCAGGACUCCAAGACAUUAGUGCUUUCCAUAGGUGAAGUUGUAGAGGAAGUGGAGGACUCGUUAUUUGUCAUAGACCAGGCCACACUUGCGGUCCAGCAGGUGGGAAACUCCUCGGUCGUCCAGGUGUAUUCUAACGGUAUCAAGCACAUAAGACAAGGCACUGACGGGUCCAAGACGACCUCAGACUGGUUUCCUCCCGCAGGAAUCCAGAUUAGCCACACUAGCACCAAUAAUGAGCAGGUAGUCAUUGGCUUGUCCAACGGAGAAAUAUGCUACUUCGAGGUGGAUCCCCACGACGACCAGUUGGUCGAGUAUCAGGAGAGGCUCGAGGUCACUAGCCCCAUCACCUCAUUGGCAAUUGCGUCUAGUUCCAACGAGUUCCGCAAGAGCUCGUUCGCAGUGGUGGGAUGCUUGGACGAAACCAUCCAGGUGGUGUCGCUACAAGUGCACAACUGCCUCGAAAUCGUGUCGUUGCAGGCACUCUCAUCCAGGAGCGUGUCGUUGGUGAUGUUGAGGUCGGGUCCCCACAGCACCUACGUCCAUAUUGGCAUGGAAAACGGAGUGUACGUGCGUACCACCAUUGAUCCCAUCACAGGAACGUUGAGCGACACCAGAAUUAAAUAUUUGGGCACCAAACCCGUCCAACUCUCCACCAUCAACAACGCAAGCUCGUUGCUUGCAGUGUCGUCCAGUCCCUGGGUGGGGUACCAGGCAUCGGGAGACUUUAAAUUGUCUCCAUUGCUCAACAUUGGGAUUAGUACUGGAUCUUCGUUUAUUUCUGAGGAUAUUGGAGGCGAAGGAAUCGUGGGACUUUCUGGUAACGAGUUGGUGAUCUUCAGCAUUGGCGACGAGGAGUCUGGGUUCGAUCCGUCCCAGGACUUCAAUGUCGAGAAGUUGAGGCUCCGGUACUUUCCUCGGAGGAUGAUAGUUGAUCGAGACGAGAAGAUUAAAAAUGUGAGUAUUUAUGUGGCCCAGAGCGAGUACGGGCGGAAGGAGAGGUUUGGAGAAGCAGAAUCUGAGCAGCAAGAAGAGCAAGAAAAUUCAGAACAGCCAGAAGACCUAGAAGUAACUGAAGCAACAGAAUCGUCAAAAUCAUCGAAAUCCUUAAAAUCAGAAGAAACAGACAACCCAGACGAUCCAGAAAACCCGGAUGAACAGCAGCAUUCCCCCCAAACCGGCUCCUGGGCCUCUUGCAUCCAAGUGGUGGACUACACCUCCUCCCACCACAUCGUCCAGACGGUCGAGCUCGCAUCCACAGACUCCAUUCUCUCUAUGGAAAAGCUCCACUUCACAGGUUCUCCCAAAGGAAACGAGUUCUUGGUGGUGGGUAUCACCACCAACCAACGUUUCUUGCCCAACUCUCACGAUAACAGCUACCUUUACGUGUAUCGCAUUCUCAAGAAGAAGGGUUUGCCAAACAAGCUCCGCUUUCUACACAAGACCGAGGUCGAGGACGCUCCAAACGCCCUCCUAGCAUUUAAUGGCAAGCUCUUGGUGGGUCUGGGAAGUCACUUGAGGCUCUACGACUUGGGCCAGAAGCAACUUUUGCGAAAAUCGUCCACCAAGCUCGAGUACAUCACCUCUAUCCAGAAGCUCAUGAGCCAGGGAAACAACCGGAUCGUGCUCACAGACGCCAGGCUCUCCACUACGUUUGCCAAGUAUGAUGCUAGCGAGAAUAGGUUCGUAGUGUUCGUGGACGACGUGAUGAAACGUCAGGCUACAGCCAUACAGACCUUGGACUACGACACCAUCGUGGGUGGUGAUAAGUACUGCAACAUCUGGGUGUCAAGAGUGCCUCGAGAUGUGUCAGCACGCAGUGACAACGACUGGACGCUCGUCAAGGGCCAGGACGGAUUUCUUAGUGGAGCACCAGCACGGUUGACAAACCAGUGUGAGUUCCAUGUGGGAGACAUUGCCACAUCGUUUAUCAAGGGUUCACUUGUGGUGGGAGGCCACGAGAGCGUGUUCUACACAGGGUUGCAGGGCACCAUAGGUGUGUUGAUGCCGUUGGCAACUAAGCCAGAAGUAGAGUUGAUGGCCAAGUUGGAGGACCAAUUGAGAAAGCACUUCGACUACAACUUCAACCCAGACAUGGAGCCGGAUCACGCGGGAUACAACUUGUUGGGCAAGGACCACUUGAAGUUCCGGGGCUAUUACAACCCCGUCAAGAACGUGAUCGACGGUGAUAUGGUCGAGAAGUACUACGAGUUGAACGGAGCAGCUCGUGUGAAGAUCGCUGCGGCAUUGGACAGAACCCCCAAGGAAAUUGAAAGGAAGAUCUUUGACUUGCGGAACCGGUCUGCGUUUUAGUGGAUUCUAGUGGUGAAAAAUGCGUUUGGGUAGCUAGCUGUAUUAAAAUAGCUGCGAAUAUUUCUGAGCUGAUUGUAUGAUUAAAAUAGACCUAAUAAAAUACCUGAAUAGCAUCUUUAUUGGACUCUUCCAAAGAAUCAGAAUUAGUACUAAGAUUAGAAUUAUCAAAGUAGAACAGCCAAUUUUUACACAAUAAU